AUGGCCUAUCUAGAUCAGAGCACAAUCGUCAUAAGUGCUCUCAUCGCCCUUGCAAUUGCAAUCUGGUGCCAUCCACUCUCGUCUCGCUCCUCCGGGAAAUUACCACCGAAACCCAAAAGGGCGUUGACCUUACGUGUCGACGAGGUUCCCAUUGACAAGGCGCACGCAGCCUUUAAGAGCGACCUAGAAACUAUUAUCGGGCGCGAUCAAGCUUUGGAAAAUGAUACAAUUUCCAUAUUGCAGCACCUGCUGGUACGAAGGGAUCGGAAGGUGGCUUGUGGAACGGCCACCUUCUAUACUUCAAUUCCAGCAAGUGAAUUACUUACCCGACUACACCGGGCGAGCUUUGGCUUUCAGUACCGCUUCGAUAUCAAGUUCUAUGGAAUCACCCCGCUUUAUGAGACAGGCGGAGCCGCAGAUGUUGAUGUGAUCGCUGUACCCGGCCUUGGGAGUCAUGCGAUUGGCUCCUGGAAGUCAUCUAGCAACAACGACCUUUGGCUUCGCGACUAUCUUCCAGACCACAUACCAGACAUCCGAGUGCUUUUGUAUGGGUACGACAGUACACUUCAGGGGAGCGACUCUAAGGAUUCGAUCGAGGAUCUAGGAACCCGCUUUCUAGAAACAGUAAAAGCUUUCCGUGCGGAUAUGGCGUUGGUUCGUGCGAGCAGGAAAUUCGAUGAUCCACAAAACCACAGGCUCUGCACAGCUUGCUAUGGAUUGCUUCUCUUCGGUGUUCCGAAUCUUGGAUUGCGAAAUGAACAGCUAAGCAGUAUCGUCAAAGGCCAGCCGAAUGAAGGCUUGAUACGAGAUCUCGUAGUUGACAGAGAUUCGGAACCAUCCCCGUUUUUAAAGAGAAUUUCCGGCCAAUUCUCUGAGAGUUGUAAAGGCCGCUAUCGAAUUCAGCCUGACGGAACCUUGGCCAAGACCGGUCAGAAGAUGUUUAUGGUCACAGAGAAGUCGGCGACCAGCACAGGCUUGACCGCGGUAGCUGACGAAAAUAACAUUCCUCUCAACACCGACCACUCGGGUCUUGUGAAGUACGAAAGUAAGAGCCAAGAGGAAUACCUCAUUGUGAAGGAAAAGCUCAAGUUACUUGUCACUGAGGCGAGUCAGGAGGUUCCCAAGCGGUUUUCACAGGAUAGCCUCACACCUAAACAGCAGCAUCUUUGGAAUGAUCUCAAUCAGCCGCCAUAUACAUCAUUCAGGAACUCAUCCAAACUGGCCAAACCAGAGAAAGGAACUCUAGAAUGGCUCAAUCAGACAGAAGAUACAGAUCAUAAUGUGAUCGUCCAGCGUCACCUGUCUUCAGCAAGCCUGCACAUGGAGGACUUUAGAUCAUGGAGGGACUCAAACAAAUCGGAAAGCCUUCUUGUGACUGCACCGCCCGGUCGUGGUAAAUCAGUACUGUCGAAUUUUGUUUUGGGACAUCUUGAAAGCAGAAUACCGCAAACGACGUUACUUCCUACCAAAAUUAUAUACUAUUUUUGUAACAUCAAGAACGAGGAAGUUUCACGUAACGCGAGAUCAGUUCUCCGGGCACUGAUUAUUCAACUCUGUGAACAUCAGCGGCAUUUAUUUCAACUCCUUCCUUCGGAAUAUCAAAGAACCAGCGAGCGUUUCUUCUCAGCACCAUUCGAAACAUUACUACAUAUAUUUAGGAAGUUACUUCGAGAAAAUGCAUACGCUAGUGUCUAUUGUGUCAUCGACGGCCUGGAUGUUUACAAAGACGAAAUGGAUGAGCUGAUCACGAAACUGAUUGAGGACUUUAACCCUGAAUCCACAGCAGAAACGUCCGUUGUUUUGAAAUUGUUUUGCACGUCAAGACCGGAAAGGCAUAUACUUGACCUGUGGAAACGGGCGACACACAGGAUCCUUCGGUGCCAUCCCCAUGAUCUCAACCUCUUCAUCAACUCCCGGCUUGAGGGUUUAGAAGAGAAGUUCAAUGACGAUAUGAAACAAACAAUUAAAACUCAAUUGUCUCAAGGCGCCAAUGAUACGUUUCUCUGGCUUGAGGUCGUCCUUAGGAGGAUUAGGGCAAUCAAACUGCCGAGCCUUAAAAGAAUUACGGAAACAAUCAAGAACAGUCCGCAAGACCUGGAUGAGCUGUACCAAGUCAUCAUUGGACGGGUACUGGAAGAAGAUAUUGACAGCGCUCGCUUCUUGGCCUGGGUAGUAUAUGCUAAAUACCCUCUUGACCUCGAGACUCUAGCAGACGCCGUGGCUAUCGAUCCUAGAAAGAAGUACAAGACUUACACGGACUGCCUUCAGGACCGGCCACACCUGACACCAGAUGAGGUACACAAAGACUUUGGCAUGCUUGUUGACGUCAUUGGAGGCAAGAUAUUUCUCAUACAUCAGUCUGUCAAAGACUAUUUUGAGAGUCACAACCCCCUCCAGCCCCUCAUAGGAAUCCACCCUCGGCUGGCUCUGACCCAUAUCACCAUGGCAUACCUGUCAUUGGAUGAGUUUAGGCUAGCCAAGAAGAACAUAAUGGAGCAAAAAUAUCCACUGUUGGAAUAUGCUGCUACCAAUUGGUACUCUCACAUUGAGGCAGCCGCUGAGAUAAAUUGCCAUCACUCCAUCAAGGAUUUUCUAAAGACGAUUCUUCCCCCUAACCCUAACGCACAAGUAUGGCUUAGUGUGAACAAAUACUUAAGAUUGUUUCCAAAUUAUUUGCCUACUCCUCGGGCGAGCGAAAUCUCAAUUAGACUUGACAUUAAAUGGCUGGCAGAAUUACUGUUAAAUGAGGAACUACCAGAAGUUAAAGAUGAUUUUGAUAAAGAUUGUCUAUCAGCAGCUGCAGUUUAUGGUGGAAGAGUGUUAAAAGCUUUACUGGAACAUGAAAAGGGUAUACAGUUUAAGAUUUCAGGUGAUAUUGUCGAAAAGAUUGCAGGAAUGCACCAUUAUAGCAUGAUGAACCUUCUUCUGGACCGACGAGGAGCAGAUAUCAUAAUUACUGAGGAGGUGCUCAAAGCAGCUGCAGGGAAUGAGAAGAGUGGCAAGGAAAUGAUGGCACUUCUUCUUAAUCAACAAGAUGCACACAUUAAGAUCACUGAGGAGGUGCUCAAAGCAGCUGCAGGGAAUGAGAAGAGUGGCAAGGAAAUGAUGGCACUUCUUCUUAAUCAACAAGAUGCACACAUUAAGAUCACUGAGGAGGUGGUCAAAGCAGCUGCAAGAAAUUGGCACAGUGGCAAGGAGGUGAUGGUGCUUCUUCUCAACCAACCAGAAGUGAACAUCAAGAUCACUCAGGAAAUGGUAACAACAAUUGCAACAACCUUUAACAAGGACGGGAUGGCACUUCUUCUCAAUCAACAAGAAGCAGAUGUUGAGAUUACUGAGGGGAUGGUCAAAGCAGCUGCAAGAAAUUGGCACAGUGUCAAGGAAGUGAUGGCACUUAUUUUCAAUCAACAAGCAGCAGACCUUAAGAUUACUGAGGAGAUGGUCAAAGCAGCUGCAAGAAAUUGGCACAGUGGCAAGGAGGUGAUGGUGCUUCUUCUCAACCAACCAGAAGUGAACAUCAAGAUCACUCAGGAAAUGGUAACAACAAUUGCAACAGCUUUUAACAAGGAAGUGAUGGCACUUCUUCUCAAUCAACAAGAAGCAGACAUUGAGAUUACUGAGGAGGUGCUUAAAGCAGCUGCAGGAAAUAAAUACAGUGGCAAGGAAGUGAUGGCACUGCUUCUUAAUCAACAAGAUGCAGACAUUAAGAUCACUGAGAAGGUGCUUAAAGCAGCUGCACAAAAUUGGUACAGUAGUAAGGAAGUGAUGGCACUGCUUCUCAAUCAACAAGAUGCAGAUAUUAAGAUCACUGAGGAGGUGCUCAGAAUAGCUGCAGGAAAUAAAUACAGUGGCAAGGAAGUGAUGGCACUGCUUCUUAAUCAACAAGAUGCAGACAUUAAGAUCACUGAGAAGGUGCUUAAAGCAGCUGCAGGAAAUAAAUACAGUGGCAAGAAAGUGAUGGCACUGCUUCUUAAUCAACAAGAUGCAGACAUUAAGAUCACUGAGGAGGUGCUCAAAGCAGCUGCAAGGAAUUGGUACAGUGGCAAGGAAGUGAUGGCAGUGCUUCUCAAUCAACAAGAUGCAGACAUUAAGAUCACUGAGGAGGUGCUCAAAGCAGCUGCAAGGAAUUGGUACAGUGGCAAGGAAGUGAUGGCAGUGCUUCUCAAUCAACAAGAUGCAGAUAUUAAGAUCACUGAGGAGGUGCUCAAAGCAGCUGCAGAGAAUCAGAAGAGUGGCAAGGAAGUGAUGGCACUGCUUCUCAAUCAACAAGAUGCAGAUAUUAAGAUCACUGAGAAGGUGCUUAAAGCAGCUGCAGGGAAUAAAUACAGUGGCAAGAAAGUGAUGGCACUGCUUCUCAAUCAACAAGAUACAGAUAUUAAGAUCACUGAGGAUGUGCUCAAAGCAGCUGCAGGGAAUGAGAGGAGUGGCAAGGAAGUGAUGGCACUGCUUCUUAAUCAACAAGAUGCAGAUAUUAAGAUCACUGAGAAGGUGCUUAAAGCAGCUGCAGGGAAUAAAUACAGUGGCAAGAAAGUGAUGGCACUGCUUCUCAAAUAUCAAUCAACAAGAAGCAGACAUUAA